AGAUAUUUGUGGGGUUAAAAGAUUUGAACUGCUGCUGAAUAAACAAAGGCUGAAAGUUGAAGGAUGGCAGCAAAUCCUUCAGGACAAGGUUUCCAGAAUAAAAAUAGGGUUGCAAUCCUGGCAGAACUAGACAAGGAGAAGAGAAAGUUACUUAUGCAAAACCAGUCUUCCACAAAUCACCCUGGAGCCAGCAUUGCACUUGCAAGAUCACCACUGAACAAGGAUUUCCGUGAUCACGCUGAGCAACAGCACAUCGCUGCACAGCAGAAGGCUGCACUGCAGCACGCACACGCACAUUCCUCAGGAUACUUCAUAACUCAAGACUCUGCAUUUGGAAAUCUUAUUCUUCCUGUCUUACCUCGACUUGAGGCAGAAUGAGGAAUGCUCUUUCUCAGAACUGCGAGAUCUGAUUUUUGUCCAUAGCAGGAACUGUUGGACCUUUUAAUUUCUUUACUUAAAACCUUUUUUUUUUUCCUGGAUUUCCAUGUUUGCCUUUCAGGAGUGUGAGCUCUAAGGAUGAAAAAGCAAUGUUGUUGAACAGCAAUUUUUAUAUCCUGUAUUUCUGUUCCUCUGUCAGGUCAAAGUCAGAUGUAAGACUUCCUUGGUGUGUGAAGUGCAUAGCGCUUGCUCUUCCCUGUUUCUGUGCUUCCUUUAAAUAAAUGUCCAAACCAGAGUCAUCAAGAGAUGCACACUCUG